UACUAGAUUACUAGAUUAUGGUCUGGGACCAGUGCUUGACAUUUUAAGAUUUUGGCGCAAUUUUGUUCUGUUUCCAUUUUCCAAGUUUAACUUCUUGUUGUUGAUAAUUUUAAAGAUCUUACUUACUGGAAAUAUUUAACUGCACUCUAUGUUUGUUAAAAACAACAGCACUUCGUAAUUUGUUUAGUGAAACUUGCGUGUUAUGUGAUAAAAAACAUUGCAAGAAACAUACGAAAUACGAAGUAACUAAAUUAUGGCACGAACAAGAGCGUCGGUGGCGGCUAAAGUUGCAACUGGUAAGAGCAGCAAGGCCAGGUGCAGUGCUGCUCCGCCACCUAGCAGCACCUCAGCAGGUUCCAGUAGUGACAAAUCUUCUAGAAGUUACUCCGGAGGCAACACAGUGUGUCCACGAGAAACUCCGAAAUGGCAGAAACCUAUCACCAACUUCUUCAUACAGAACCAGGCCCAGACCCAGAGUGAUGAAGAGGAUACAGCUCAAGCUGGCAGUUCAAAAUCCAAACCAAAGCGUAACAUCAUACAUUCAGACGAUGAAGAGGAACAAGCAGACAAACAGACUGACAUACCCAUAAACAAGGAACUAGAUGAAACCAUAGAACUGGAAGAACUAACAGGCGAAGAUAGUCACAAAAUGGACGAGUAUUAUGUAUCCAAAGAUAAAGGUAAAGGUAAGAAAAGCAAAAAAGAUACAGACAAAGAAAACAAAGACAGCAAUGUGACAAGGAAUAAGAGGCAUUUGGACGAACUCAACGAGGAAGAUGAACGCAACGAUAAAAAGAUUAAACUUGAUUAAGGUACAAUAAACUAAGAUUUCAAUUGAAGAUAUAGAUUGACAACUAAUACAAGAUCCCUACUGGUGUGUCAUGUCUUAAAAUAUAUAUCUGUGUGCAUUUCUGUUAUGACAAGAGGUAAAAUAUCUGUUUUACCUAAAGUA